UGCAAAUUACAUUUUCGUUUUCAUUUGUGACACAAUAGUUUGUAAUGCGCGCUGGAUGCCAUAAUGACACGAAGAAGAAGAAACAAUGGCUUCAGGGUUACUGAAGAAAAAGAACAUAGCACUAUUAUGUAUUAAAAUCUGCAUUUAUUUUUUAGGAAGCCUAAUGAAAAUGAAGCUUUUCUUUAUUUCGCCCUUAUUGUUCUGGCGUUUACUCGACCAUGGUGCAUCUGGUGUUGAUAUACACAGAGUGUUAUUGAUGGAGGGAGAUUCAGUCACUUUACACACUGGUGUUAAAACAAACCAACAAGACAGAAUUAGGUGGUAUUUCAAUGACACUCGCAUCGCUCAAAUCACUGGAGAUCUCAGUAAGAUCUGUACAGAUGUUCAGUGUAAUGAAGGUACUGAGAGAUUCAGUGGAAGACUGAAGCUGGAUCAUCAGACUGGAUCUAUGACCAUCAUGGACAUCACAAACAAACACUCUGGAGUUUAUAAACUACUGAUAAGCAGCAGCAACAUCGACAGUGAAAACAGCUUCAGUGUUAUUGCACAUGGUGUUGCUGCUGAACGAGAUAAAAUGAAGAGAAAGUCAGUUAAGGAAGGAGAAUCUGUCACUUUAGAUUCUGAUGUAGUAAAAAAAACAAAUGAUUUAAAGAUGUGGUAUUUUAAUGACGCUCUCAUCAUUGUACUCACUGGAGAUCAGAGUGAGAUCUGUACAAAUGAUCAGUGCGAUGUGAGAUUCAGAGACAGACUGAAGCUGGAUCAGACUGGAUCUCUGACCAUCACAAACACUAGAACCACAGACUCUGGACUUUAUAAACUACAGAUCAACAGCAGCAGGUUCGACAUCAUAAAGACAUUCAGUGUUACUGUCACUGCUGUUAUAGAUUCAGCUGCUGCUGCUGUUGCUGUUGUUGUUGUUGCUGUUCUGCUGGUUGCAGCUGCUGGUGUGAUUUACUGUCACCACAGGAGAUUAAGAAAAAAUGAAGACAAGAUAACAAAGAAUGGUCAUUCCCCGGAGAAUGGUGGAGAAGGAUCACCCCUUAUUAAUAAUGAGACUGGUGGGGCUGAGAGCCUGCUGAAGGUGGUCGAUAAAAAUAAUGUCCCCUCUGGUGGGGCUGAGAGCCCGCAGAAGGUGGUCUAUGAAAAUAAUGCGCCCACUGGUGGGGCUGAGAGUCUGCUGGAGGUGAUCGAUGAAAAUAAUGCGCCCGCUGGUGGGGCUGAGAGCCUGCUGGAGGUGAUCGAUGAAAAUAAUGCGCCUGCUGGUGGGGCUAAGAGCCUGCUGGAGGUGAUCGAUGAAAAUAAUGCGCCUGCUGGUGGGGCUAAGAGCCUGCUGGAGGUGAUCGAUGAAAAUAAUGCGCCCGCUGGUGUGGCUGAGAGUCCGCUGAAGGUGGUCGAUGAAAAUAAUGUGCCCGCUGGUGGGGCUGAGAGUCCGCCAAAGGUGGUCGAUGAAAAUGCGCCCGCUGGUGUGACUGAGAGUCCGCCAAAGGUGAUCGAUGAAAAUAAUGCGCCUGCUGGUGGGGCUAAGAGCCUGCUGGAGGUGAUCGAUGAAAAUAAUGCGCCUGCUGGUGGGGCUAAGAGCCUGCUGGAGGUGAUCGAUGAAAAUAAUGCGCCUGCUGGUGGGGCUAAGAGCCUGCUGGAGGUGAUCGAUGAAAAUAAUGCGCCUGCUGGUGGGGCUAAGAGCCUGCUGGAGGUGAUCGAUGAAAAUAAUGCGCCUGCUGGUGGGGCUGAGAGUCCGCUGAAGGUGGUCGAUGAAAAUAAUGUGCCCGCUGGUGGGGCUAAGAGCCUGCUGGAGGUGAUCGAUGAAAAUAAUGCGCCCGCUGGUGUGGCUGAGAGUCCGCUGAAGGUGGUCGAUGAAAAUAAUGUGCCCGCUGGUGGGGCUGAGAGUCCGCCAAAGGUGAUCGAUGAAAAUAAUGCGCCUGCUGGUGGGGCUAAGAGCCUGCUGGAGGUGAUCGAUGAAAAUAAUGCGCCUGCUGGUGGGGCUAAGAGCCUGCUGGAGGUGAUCGAUGAAAAUAAUGCGCCUGCUGGUGGGGCUAAGAGCCUGCUGGAGGUGGUCGAUGAAAAUAAUGCGCCUGCUGGUGGGGCUGAGAGCCUGCUGGAGGUGGUCGAUGAAAAUAAUGCGCCUGCUGGUGGGGCUAAGAGCCUGCUGGAGGUGAUCGAUGAAAAUAAUGCGCCCGCUGGUGUGGCUGAGAGUCCGCUGAAGGUGGUCAAUGAAAAUCUGCUCACUGGUGGGGCUGAGAGCCCGCAAAAGGUGGUCGAUGAAAAUAAUGUGCCCGCUGGUGGGGCUGAGAGCCCGCAGAAGGUGGUCGAUGAAAAUGCGCCCGCUGGUGUGACUGAGAGUCCGCCAAAGGUGGUCGAUGAAAAUGCGCUCACUGGUGGGGCUGAGAGCCCACAAAAGGUGGUAAAUGAAAAAAAUGCGCCCACUGGUGAGAGUCUGGCGAAGGUGGUUGAUGAAAAUCUGCUCACUGGUGUGGCUGAGAGCCCGCAAAAGGUGGUCGAUGAAAAUAAUGCGCCCGCUGGUGUGACUGAGAGUCCGCCAAAGGUGGUCGAUGAAAAUGUGCCCACUGGUGGGGCUGAGAGCCCGCAAAAGGUGGUCGAUGAAAAUAAUGCACCCGCUGGUGUGGCUGAGAGUCUGCAGAAGGUGGUCGAUGAAAAUCUGCUCACUGGUGGGGCUGAGAGCCCGCCAAAGGUGGUCGAUGGAAAAAAUGCACCCGCUGGUGUGACUGAGAGCCCGCCAAAGGUGGUCGAUGAAAAUAAUCCGCCCACUGGUGGGGCUGAGAGCAUCCAUUGGUCCGGGUGUGAGUCUGCAGAAGGAUGA